GUCGGGCGGGGGGGCGGCUGUCCUUGAGUGCGCACGCGCAUCGCUGCCGGCUCCUCCGCCUUCCGGGAGCUGGCGGGGCUCGAGCCUGGAGCGCGCUUCCGGCGUGGGCGGCGCAAGCGCGCUGGGUCGGGCGGGGGCCAUGGCGGGGCAGGAGGAUCCGGUGCAGCGGGAGAUCCAUCAGGACUGGGCGAACCGCGAGUACAUCGAGGUCAUCACCAGCAGCAUAAAGAAAAUCACGGACUUCCUUAACUCGUUCGAUAUGUCCUGUCGUUCAAGGCUUGCGACACUCAAUGAGAAACUGACAGCCCUGGAACGGAGAAUUGAGUACAUUGAAGCAAGGGUAACAAAGGGUGAGACCCUUACCUAGACCAGUACUCUACAGCUGCUGGACAGUCGCCUGUGUGGGAGAGGCACCAGCAGACUCCAGCUCCUUCCUGACUCCUUACAGAGCUCCAGGGCUUGUUCUUGCUUUUCUGUUUUGAAAAAUGUGGCCUUUGGGCUCUACCAUAUGCAUCUGUGGGUAUGUGGAGUGGGGGAGAAGGCCAGGGGGAACUCUCAGAAAACCAACAUUGGGCAUUUCACUUAAGUGACAUUUUUUUACUUGGAGAUAUUUAUCAAAGUGGCUAAAAAGCUGAAAGUCUGGGACCCUUAUGAUGCCCUCGUCCUCCUCUUCUUCAGUCCCUGCCCCCCUGCAGCUUCUCACAUUUGAAGAGCGUUCCCAUCAAACCCACGCUGUCGUUUCUGGAAGGGCUCUGUGUUCACUGCUGAUUGUUAGUGGGGGUGCUGAACUCCAUUGUGAGGGGGAGCGGUGUCAGGUUUGUUCAGACUGGCGCCCUCCACCAGGCUCAAUGGCUGCCAUAGAAUGUUGUUCUUACUAACCUGCCGGUGUUCUGUCCUUUGAAGGGAGAUGGGGCUGGGCUCUCACAUGGCUGGAGGGGCCAUUUUCAAAGUCUGUUUCAUUUUUGUCAUGUGAGAUGUCUCUGCCUGUCAUGUUUUCCCAAUAAACUUCUCAACUUUAUCUGAUUGAUGUGAUUGAAGUAGGGUGAAGAGCCUGCCCCCCUGGUGGCCUGCUAGGUUGCUGAGGAUUCUCAGAUGUGGGACUUUCUAUGUGUCUCCACUCAUUCCCACAAUGAUGUCAGCACUUGGAUAGCUGCGUAAAUGUUCCACCCAUUAUACAAUGGAACAAACUCUAAAUGUGGUGUCUGAGGAGCUAGAUUCAAAUGCUGACACUUUCUAUUAUUUUUUUGACUGAUACUUUCUCCCUGUGUGACCUUUGACAAACCAUCUCUCUCCUUCCUGGACCUCAAGUUUCCUAAUUUUCAAAAUGCAGGGGUUGGAUUAGAUGACCCCUUCCAAAUGUUAGUGAUCAUCCAACCCAGAAAAUCCUGCCAAAAUAUAACAAAUCCCCAUUGUCUGAAGAAAGGCCCUCUGACCCCUCUCCCUCUUUGAGACCACUGCCAAAAUUAUUUAAGAGAUUUUUAUUAAAUUUGGAAAUAAGCAUAGUUCAGUGUAGACACAACUCAGCUUACUAUCUUAAACAUGUUCUAUUUUACUGUUGUCCUUAUUCAAGAGGCAACAUGACCUUAGAGCCAGGAAGCCCUACCUCUGACAGACUAGCCAUAUGAUCUUGAGUAUUUCACUUCUCCUUUUUAGAAGGCAUUUCUUCAUCCCAGAGUUCUCUACAUCCGUGAGAUCCCAGGUCCAAGCCCCUCUUCCUAAAUUUGGAUUAGUCACAGGCAUUGCUUUUUGAAUAUUCCUAGAAGUGCAUAAAUAAGCACUCUACAAUCAUUUGGGUUCAUUAUUCCCAACUCCAAUGUUCUUGGAGACAAGGAUAUGGGUGUUUCUCAUGCCCCUAACUCUGAGUCAGCCAGCCCAAGGCCAGAGUGGCAGUGAAACAAUUUAUCUAGCAGGUCAAGUACUUUCCAUAUGCAUGACUGCCCAUUUUAAUUUCCUGUUGCCGUGUUAUUUAGAAAAGCAUCAGGUUUUAAAUUUGUUUCCAGGGAGCCAUGGAGUGACCUGAUGUAGUCCGUUGCUGGUAGUAAUUAAUUUGACUAUCAACAGUGUAACCUGUAGUAGCACCUGGUCCUUUUUCUCUGGACAUAAUAUUUUUUAAAAAAAACCUUUACCUUUCGAAAGAAUUGAUACAGCAUAUUAGUUCCAAGGCAGAAAAGGCAAUUGAGGUUAAGGGACUUGUCCAGGGUCACACAGUUAAGAAGUGUCUGAGAAUAGAUUGGAACCCAGGACCUCUUGCCUCCAAGGCUGGCACUCUGUCCACUAAGCCACCUAGCUGCCUCUGGACAUAAUGUUUUUAUGACACACUGUCAGUCUGCUUACUUCUCUAAGGGUUCCACUCAUUUGCCUUAGAAUUUUUCAAAGUAAAAUAUCUUAGCUGGACCUUCUUUGGCUUAUCUUCCACUUUAGAACUGAGCUUCUUGGGGACUGAAUUUGUAUCUCCACAGCUUAGCUUGGUGUUUGGCACAAUUUAAGCACAUUUAAUAAAUGCCUUUUCAUUCAUUCCA